CCUUUUUCUCAUCCCCAUCCUGGAGCGCCCCUACAGCUGCCUGUUUGGUACAUUCCUCUACAGCAGUGAGCAGGAGAGAAUGGAAAAGGAAGUACAGGGUAAAACGGUCACUGCGGUCCUACAUUAAGUCAGCCGGAGGACUUCACUAACCCGUUCUAUGUGGACUGUAAAAACCAGGUGCUGUAUCCACUGGCCAGUCUCACACAUCUGGAGCUCUGGGUGGGUUAUUAUGUGCGCUGGAACCCACGCAUGAGACCACAGAUGCCGCUCCAUCAGAAUUUGAGAGUUAUUGUUUUUGCGUGAAGAACGUGGAGGAGCUCCAGAGAGAGGCCACGUCAUCCUGCUCCAUCUCCUCAUCCUCAGAGCAUACUUCUCCCUCCUCACAUAGUGGAGGCGGUUCAGCUGGACGGAGAGAUCCUGCAUGCGCUGUGAAGCGAGUGUGUUCUGUGGCGUAUCGGCACCUGGACAAGCACAAGAUCGAGCCGGUGCUCUACAUGAUGGAGUGGUUCAUGUGCGCCUUCUCCAGAACUCUGCCCUGGGCCUCGGUCCUCCGAGUGUGGGACAUGUUCCUGUGUGACGGAGUGAAAAUGAUAUUCUGUGUGGGUUUGGUGGUGUUGACGUCCAUGCUGGGUACUCGGGAUAAGCUCAAGGCCUGUCCGGGUCAGUAUGAGACCAUGGAGGUCCUCAGAGCGAUUGAGCCUAGAUACAUGCAGGAGGGCUUCUUAGUGCUCCAGGUAUCGGCACAGGACGUGGAACAUGAGCAACGCAUGCAGCUGAAGCGCUGGAAGAAGAAGCGCGGCGAGCCCAGCCCCAAACUCCCUCAGAGAAUGCACAGUGCUCGCGCCAUCAUGGCCACCGAGCCUCAUACACACCAAGACCUCCGCCAGAAACCCACCAUUAUGGUCCAGUACCCAUCGGUCCCUGAGGAGAAGUCCGAGCCGAACCUCAGGAAGAAGAGAGGGAGCCUGAAGAAAAACCAAGCCCUCAUUCCGAACCCCUACACGCUACCUGGCGAGUCUAAACCUAGUCAGAUAUUGGACAUACAGCUUCUGAACCAGGAAAAUCUCAAUCUUGUACUUCCAAAUCCACCAUCACAUCCACCACGGCUCCCUACAAUGCAGGAAAAUCAGGUCAAAGAGACGAGCACUUCUACAGAGCGACUCGUGCAGCGUCCUCGAAUUCCUCCAUCGAUAAGAAACUGGCGGAAUCUAUCCCUCUGCAACAUCUAUCCCUCCUAACUGCUCCUGUACACGGAUCACCUUCAGCGUAGCGUCCUCACCUGCUGAAAUGUGCUCCUGUCCAAUCCAGAGAACCUGACCAUGAUGAGCUCCCUAAUAAUACAUAAAACUCAGCCACCAUUUUGGAUCCAUCUACACACUCAAGCCCUCUGCUUACGCACAACGCACCUGCCACCCACGACUCGCCUGCUGCUCCCGAGUACAAAAAGAACACUCAUUGAUUUUUUUUUUUUGUUGUGCGUGUUAAACAGUGUGAUACGUUGAGGAAUUGAUUAUUGGCACACGUCUACUGAAUAGCAAGGAUCGUUAAGUCUUUAACGUGUUAUAGUUUACACCGGAGGAACUGCAAACAAUCUGAGAGAGGGAGAAACCCGUCAGCUACUAGAGGGCACACUUGGUCCAAAAAUGUACACACACUCCACAAAAACUCUGCAGUGCCUGAGGAGUGUUUACUCGCUCCAGUCUUCAGAAGGGAAACUGCCUACAGAUUCACUUUUGAAAGACUUUCACAGGCAUCACAAACAUUUGUUUAUAUUGCACUCGUAUCAAUUUGGCAGGUUUUUUUCUUCUUAAUCCGAAGCAACCACCACUUCUUUGUGUUUGUAUUUCACAAAUUUCCUUACCGCAUCUUACAAGAGCUGCACGACAAUCACAACAAUCCUGUACAAUAGGCACAGCCUUUUCAUUAACACAAUCUCAGUGAAAUAUCCUCUGUCUGUAUACUUUACGCGCAAACAAAACAACUCAAGCUGAGAACUUUAUUGCUGAUUCACGUUAUACCACACCGCCUUCUAAUAUAGAUCUGAUCUAUAUUAUAUAUACGUGUACCUUAGAUAACGCCUCUCUGAACGCCAUGGUGGGACGUUCCCGAGUUGAAGUACUGUACAAGUCCUAAGCAUUAGAUCACCCCAAUUACUCUUGUAUACUCUUUCCAUACCAUCGUGAUCUUUGCCUGACGAAACCAUACACAAACAUAUUUGACAUUUGGGGCCUAAUUCUAAAAUCACCACAUACCAAAUGCACAACCAUUUUGUCUUGCUGCCAUCACAAAAUAAAAAUGUUUAAACCUUAA